GUGGAGUUUUGGAUCGGUUCCUAUGGCUCGAGCGGAAAGUUUUGAGAAACUUGUAUUUUUUACUUUUAAUAACAGCACAAUGGUGGAUGAUUUUCUGCUGUUGUCGAUUGCUAGGUAGAUUGUGCCCUGCCGGUAAACAGGGUUCGUGCAAUGUGCCUACGACUCAAGCGUGUUUAAAGAGAAUCUUUUCACGGGAAGGCAUAGGGGAGCAGCAACCAUUUUCAGUAGUUCUUUGAUGGAUCAAAGGAGAUGUGCCAGGCUGGUAUGCAUAACAUGGAGACAAGUGGUGUAAAGAUUAAAAAAGAGGAGGACUGUAAGUGGGAGUCUGCCCACCCUGAACAGGAGAGCCUCUACAUUAAGGAGGAGUAUAAUGAGCUGCCAUUAAUGGACAUUAAAGAACAGGCUGAGGACAAGCCUUUGAGAAAUGAAAUGCAGAACGAUAAAAACAUAGACAGCAUCAAGGAAGAAGAGCCUGUCCUUCAGCCUGAGCAUCAAGAUGAACAAGUGUCUUUUGUUAGCGUAAAAUCUGAAGCAGUGCUGUCAGACUUGAACAGACCUGAAGAAAUGUCGAAGAGAGUGUUGGGAAACCCGUCCUCAUCUACGCAUCAGACUGGACAAAAUUCACAACACAUCAGGAGUGUCUCCUUUUCUUCAUUUCCUCAGAGUUCUCUUCACAGCAGACCUCAAAAGACAGUGCUAGAGGAAACCAUGAAGGAAACCACAUCAGGAUCAGAGAUUUUGAUACCAACCACCUUACAAUAUAGAUCUGGGCCUGUGGUGAAAUUAACAAGAAUAGACGCUGUGAACACUCCACAACAGGCAAAUAAUGCAAAUUCAGAUUCUCUGUAUAUCUGCCAUGAGCAGAGCAGAAGUGGUAUUGGCAACUCUAAAAAUGAAGGUAAUCAAUGGGAGCAUUUGACAAAGAAGAAGUCUCAUUGUUGUUCUGAAUGUGGAAAACAGUUCACACAGAGGAACAAUCUUCAAAGACAUAAAAGAAUUCACACCAGAGAGAAACCAUACAGUUGUUCUGAAUGUGAUAAACAAUUCUUGGUAAUGGACCAUCUUCAGAAACACCUGAGAGUUCACUCUGGAGAAAAGCCCUAUCACUGUAAUGAAUGUGGAAAACAAUUCUCACAAAUGAACAUUCUCGAGAACCACAAAAGAAUUCAUACUGGAGAGAAGCCAUAUUCUUGUGCUGAAUGUGGCAGACAAUUCUCUCGACUGGGUUCGCUUCAGACCCACACUAGAGUUCACACUGGAGAAAAGCCCUAUCAAUGUAAUGAAUGUGGUAAACAAUUUUCGAUAAUGAACAAUCUUCGGAGGCAUAAAAGAAUUCACACUGGUGUGAAACCAUAUUGCUGUUCUGAAUGUGGGAAACGCUUCUUACUAUUGGACAAUCUUCAGAUUCACACAAGAAUUCACACUGGAGAGAAACCGUACUGUUGUUCAGAAUGUGGUGUACGAUUCUCUCAUUGGAACAGUCUUAAGAACCACAGAAGAAUCCACACUGGAGAAAAGCCAUAUCACUGUAAUGAAUGUGGCAAACAAUUCAAGGACCGUAGCUAUUAUCACACCCAUAAAAGAGUUCACACUGGAGAGAAGCCAUACUGCUGUUCUGAAUGCGGAAAACAAUUUUCUCAUAGUACACAUUUUCGAACUCACACACGAGUUCACACUGGAGAGAGGCCAUAUUGCUGUUCUGAGUGUGGCAAACGAUUUUCACAAAUGAGCCACCUUGAGAACCACACAAGAAUUCACACCGGAGAAAAGCCAUUUUCCUGUUCUGAGUGUGGCAAAUGGUUUUCUACCAGAAGCAGUCUUUAUAGCCACACAAAAAUUCACCAUGGAGGAAAGACAAAAAUACAAAGUACUGCGACCUCACAUUAGAUAGAAUAACAGAAAAAGCAGAGGUGCUGGUCAAGUGGGACAAAUAUCAUUCCCAACUAACUAAAACUGAACUAAGAAAAUCGGGUGCAGAUGUUAAUGAAAUAGAAACAAUGUGUGCAUGUGUAAUAGAUCAGCCCAAAGUGGUUACUAAGUACUGACAAUUAAAAAAUUAUAGUAAAAUAAAAUACUGUCAAAUGUAACUAAGUAUGACAAAUGUGAAAUGAUUAAAAAAAAAACAAAUUGUGCCAACACAAUAGAAACCAA